AUGUUACGUGUUUAUUUCGCACGUCAAUCACAUGGUCCUUGUUUUUGGCAACCUAAGGAUGUGGUCGUGAUUGGAAGUGGCCUGGGUGGUUUGAGCUGCGGAGCUGUUCUCGCUUCUGCUGGUCGAGAAGUCACUGUGUGUGAGUCACACUACCGGCUCGGUGGCGCGUGCCAUACUUUCAGCGCGAAAGUCCCAGAGAUAGGGGAAUUUCAUUUUGAGUCUGGGCCGUCAUUGUACAGCGGUUUGAGCCUGGAAGCUAGCCCUUCCCAGCUGAAGCACGUCCUCCAGAUUGUUGGCGAGGAGCCUGAAUGGAUUUCUUAUGAUCGGUGGAAUGCUUUCUUGCCCGAAGGGGAGGUGAACGUUGCCGUCGGCUAUCAAGAAGUUGUUGAGAAGUUGCUCCCAAAGUAUGGAGGUCCGGAUGCGGUGGGUCAGUGGCAGAGGCUGAUGGCGGAGCUGAAGCCCAUGUCCUCGGCUCUUUACAACAGCCCGCCCUUUGGUGCCCUUCGGGACGAUUCGUUUGUUCCUAUCACAAUGGGAAGAUAUGCCAGGCGGCUUCUCCCGUUGUUCAGCAUCCCUGGAGGUGCAGCCCGUCUUUCCCAACCGUUCGAGGCCUUCUUGGACGAAGCUGGCGUUUCAGACAAGUUCAUCAGGAACUACCUCAGUCUCUUCAGCUUCCUGCUACAGGGUCUCCCAAGCUAUGGUUCCCCAACAUCCAUGAUGGCCUACAUGAUGGCCGAUCUCUAUCGCAAAGGCGGAACAUGCUUGGAUUAUCCAAAGGGUGGCUCAGAAGCCAUUGUCCAGGCACUGGUGAGUGGCAUCGAGACUAAGAGCCCUUCCGGAAGAGUUUGGACCAAGGCCCACGUGGAGGAGAUUCUGGUUGAGAGCGGCAGAGCUGUCGGCGUGCGCCUGCGAAAUGGCAGCAUUCUGCGAGCGCGAGAGGCUGUCAUUUGUGGCACGGACGUUGGUGUUGCAAAGAGCUUGAUUAAGGACAAGGUCCCCGAGCUUGAGGCUCACUUUCAGGACCAGUGGUCGAGUUUUGAGCCGCUCAAAUCCUUCAUCCACAUUCAUGUCGCCUUCCGAGGAGAGGGCUUGCCUCGACAGCACUGUCCAGAAUUUCCGGCACAGUGGGGUGUGGUGGAUCACUGGGAGGACCUGGAAGCACCCAGGAACUGCGUUCUGGUGAGUGUGCCUUCACUCCUGGACGAUGGCUUUGCGCCCGAGGGCUACCACAGCCUGCACGCUUACACGCCUGCCACUGAGCCCUGGGAAGAUUGGCAGGAGCUAAGCAAAGAUGAGUACCAGCGAAAGAAGCGUGAAGCAGGGGACUUCUUGUACAAAGCAAUCCAACGUCAAGUUCCAGACAUACGCUCCAGAGUCGUGUUUGAGAAAGUCGGGACACCAUUGACUCAUGCGCGUUUCUUGCGAAAGCCCCGGGGUGCAUAUGGGUGGAGGGUGCUGGCAGGUUCCAAUCUCCCAGGACAUACAACUCCAUUGCCAGGACUUCACGUAUGUGGUGACUCCACGUAUCCUGGAAUUGGAGUGCCUUCCGCAGCAAUGAGUGGCCAUAUAUGUGCAAACAACAUACUAUCCGUCGCAGAGCACUGGAGCCUCCUUGACAGGAUACCUGAGUGGCAAUAUGAGCUUGACAUGUGA